AUGACUUCAACUAUCACACAAUCCGAUGCCGAAGUCUCUAGUGCCUCAUUCUCACAUGGUGGCGGGAGGUCGAGCUCAACAACAACUUCCAAGCUCCGGGAUAGCUGCCAGGCCUGUGCAUUGUCCAAAGUCAAGUGUCACAAGCAAAAGCCAACAUGUUCACGAUGCAUCAAACGCAAAAUUCCGUGCGAGUAUAUUAUGACGAAACGUCCAGGGCGCAAGCGGGAUAAUAGCACCCACGUCAGCACCAAAAACGAUAGCAAUGGCGAGACAAUGGAAACCGCAAGAGAGGGUUCUUCCGCUACUCAAAAUCAAUGGCUCGGUAUGACGAGUCCAAUUACUGCAGAUUCCGCGUUAUCUGGGAACAGUAACAUUUUUGAUUCUUUAAACCUCGGCCUGAUGUCUCCCAGAUCGGACAACGUCUCUGGUGUGGAGCCAAUCAAUUCGGACAUGAUGUCUAGCUUUUGGAUGUCUCUCGAAAAUUGCUCCUCAGAGCACAUGGGAACAAGCAACGAAUUCGACGAAUUGUUAAACUCGCCUGUAGAUUUCUGUGAGCUGCAGGCGUUAGACCAUCAGCUCCAUGCCCAAGGAUGCAAUGAUAUUGCCAAACUUCUCAUUCCCGAUGACACGAAUGCUCUCCCUCUUUCAGAAGCAACCGCGGCCGAGCCUUUGAAUACAUCCGGUUCACCUUCUACUCCACGCCGCUUGUCGAUAUUCAGGAGUGAUACAAACGUGAACGGUGCUCCAGAGCCUUGCUUAUGUCUAAUCUUAGCUCUUGAAAUUUUAAGCAAGAUUUCAUCGGAUAAAAUUUCAGCCUCGCCUCAAUCAAAUAACAGAGAAUAUACUAUGAAAAUGUCCCAUGUAGGCCCCAGCAUAGCCAAUGGGGUGCCGUCGACCCAGAAUGUUGUCUUAGAGAAUAAGCAGGUUAUCCAAGCGCUUACCGCCAUGUUACAAUGUUCGUGUGGUGAGGAUGGCUAUAUAUUGAUGCUGCUAUCGAUGAUAGUUUUCAGAAUUGUCGGACGAUAUGCAGCCGCAGCAUUUAAACACCCGAAUGAAGAUGGUGAUGGGCUUGAAAGUUUUACGAAAGAGCACAAAAGACGACUUAACAGCUUUGAGCCUGAGGAUGAGGGAUCCAGGAGAAAGGCUGCCCAGUUGAUUCUCAAUGAGCUACAUCGAGUCCAGCGGUUGAUUAAUGAUCUGUCGCUGAAACUCCAAGCCCAUGGGCAUGGACCAGGAGGCAAUAGUAACGAACGAAUUUCGAUCAUCAAAAAUUCUAGAUGGGAGAGUCAGAAUCCAACCCUUUCAGAUCAUUUGACAAAAGCAGAGCCUUUUUCAGCCGUAAGGUUUGCUCAGCUAGAGAGAGAUAUGCGCAGGUGUCUUUCCUUAUUGUCUUCAGAGAUCAUCAAUAUGCUGCAGCAGAUCUGA